CUAAAAACGUGCUGAGCUUAAUUCUAACAGAAUAUUAACAGAAUCGACAAAUUGGAACAAUGGUAGAAACGCCAUGGGAUAAUAGCUACAACAUGCCAAAUUACAAGAAGAAAAUAUAUAGGAAGAAACAACAUUACUAAACAGGGCAGACAU